AUGCCUCCGGCUGGCGGUCCCCGCGCUCCGCGCCCCACCGCGCUGCCCCGCAGCCUGUCCCGCCUGCGCGAGUGCCCGGGCCGCUCCCGCAUCGUGCUGGCGCUCGGGGCCACGCAGAUGGCGCUCGGAUGCCUCAUCGUGGCUGUCAGCUUCGCCGCGUUGGCGCUCACUACCUCCGCCCGCGUCCGUCACUCCUGUCCCUUCUGGGCUGGCUUCUCGGUGCUGCUGUCGGGACUCAUUGGUGUCGUCUCCUGGAAGAGGCCUCUCUCUCUUGUGAUAACCUUUUUCAUGCUGCUUUCUGCAGUGUGUGUAAUGCUGAAUUUGGCUGGUUCAAUCCUUUCCUGUCAGAAUGCUCAGCUAGUCAACUCCCUAGAAGGCUGCCAGUUGAUCAAGUUUGACAGUGUGGAGGUGUGUGUCUGCUGUGAGCUGCAGCACCAGUCAUCUGGCUGCAGCAACCUCGGGGAGACGCUGAAGCUGAACCCACUGCAGGAGAACUGCAACGCUGUGAGGCUGACCUUGAAGGAUCUCCUCUUCAGUGUGUGCGCCCUCAAUGUAGUCUCCACCAUCGUGUGUGCUUUGGCCACGGCUAUGUGCUGCAUGCAGAUGGUCUCCUCUGACGUCCUGCAGAUGUUCUUUCCACAAAGGUCGCAUUCUGCCAAUCCUGCCUGUGUGACUCCCCAUGGCACAGUUCUCCAUCAGACGCUGGAUUUCGAUGAGUUCAUCCCCCCGCUUCCACCUCCACCUUACUACCCUCCCGAGUACACCUGCACACCCUCAGUUGAGGCCCAGAGGGGCCUCCACCUGGACUUUGCUUCCUCUCCAUUCAGCACUUUGUAUGAUGUUGCCAUCAACAGCCCUGGCAUGCUGUACCCUGCUGAGCUCCCUCCGCCGUACGAGGCCGUGGUGGGCCAGACUCCUGCCAGCCAGGUUACAAGCAUUGAUCACCAGGUGGCUGAGUCUAGCUCCGGGGACCCAAACACCACUGCUGGCUUCAGCACACCAGUGCCAGCCAGCAGCGCAAGCCUCCCAACGUCAGAGGGAGCAACCUCACUGGGUCCGAGCCACCCAUCCCCCGACGACACGGCAGGCACCUCACCGCCCCUGCCACCUACCCCAGGCCCCCUGGAGGCUACAGGUGUGAGCAUGCAGGCACAGCCAAGUCCUGGGCGUGUGGCCCGCUCUGCCAGUGACCCUACCUCCUGUGUAUCCAGUGAGGCAGGUAUGGCUGAUGCCUCUUCACACUCUGCCUCGUGCAGCCAGGACCUUGAAACAAGACUGUCUCGGGCUACUCUGGGGACAGUUUCCACAUCUCGCUCAGUCAUGGCUACCUAUCAGCACCAGCUCUCACCCCCCAGGGACCCUGGGACCUGGAAAACUGACCAACAGACAAAGCCAGAGGCCUUACAGAUGGUCUCAAAAGUGCGGCCACACUCUUUAGUGGACAGCAAGGCCUAUGCAGACACCAGGGUUUUGGUGGCUAAGUUUUUGGAACACUCGAACUGUGCCCUCCCUCCAGAGGUACGGCAUGUGGUGGGCACCAUCCACUCUGCAGUCACUUCUGAGGAGAACCCGGUGGAGGAGGCCGUCUUUGGUGCUGGAGUCCUGGACCAGCUAUGA